AUGACACCGACCGAUGUUCUCAUUGUCGGAGCAGGGCCAACGGGCCUCGUUCUAGCUCUAUGGUUAACUCGCCAAGGUGUCAAUGUGCGCAUCGUCGAUAAAUCAGAAGCCAAGGCAUCCACAUCGCGAGCGAUGGCCAUUCACGCCCGCACCCUCGAGCUCUAUCGCCAGCUCGACCUCGCCGAAGAUGUGGUCGCAAACGGCCAUAAGAUCGCAGCGACCAAUAUAUGGGCCGGUGGAGUCCAUCGCGCCCAUGUCCCAUUUGGUGAUCUUGGUGCGGGCCUCACGCCCUAUCCCUUCAUACAUGUCUAUCCCCAGGAUCGGCAUGAACGACUGUUAGAGGCGCGAUUGAAUAGCAUGGGCGUGCACGUCGAGCGCAACCGCGAAUUAGUCGACUUUCAAGAGCGGGAGUCAUGCGUUACCGCGCAACUGAGGGAUCUCACAAAAGCUCACGUCAACAAUGACGACAUCGAGACCUGUGAAGCACGCUUCAUCGUUGGUUGCGACGGCGCCCAUUCUGCUGUCCGCCAGAGCUGUGGGAUCGGCUUCGAAGGGGCCACCUACUCCAAGCUGUUCUACGUAGCUGACAUCGAAGGUAGCGGACCCGGUUUUAACGGUCAAACGCAUUUGAGUCUCAAUGAUGGGCAAUUUGUCUUGCUCAUGGCGUACGACAAAGACCGUCGUGCACGACUAAGCGGUGCCGUCAAUGCAAGUGCAUUGACGAAAGACAUUUCCGACCUCAAGCUCGACGACGUUGCGCCAGACUGCGGCAAGGGUCUGGGCAUCACGAUCGACAAGGUGAACUGGUUCAGCACCUACCAUGUUCACCACAGGGUGGCCGAAGCCUUUCGCAGCGGAAGGGCUUUCCUGGUCGGGGACGCGGCGCACAUCCACAGUCCGGUCGGAGGACAAGGAAUGAACACUGGCAUCGGCGAUGCCAUUAACCUCGCCUGGAAGCUUGCAGCGGUGAUUCAAGACAAGGCCGACGUGUCUCUUCUCGAUAGCUAUGAAGUUGAACGCCGUGCAUUCGCCUCACUUCUGGUCAACACAACGGAUACGGCAUUCAACGCUAUUGCCUCGGAGGGGUAUCUGUCCUAUUUUAUUCGGUCAUGGUUCAUUCCCUAUGUGUUUCCUAUUAUCUCCAGGUUUGAUUUCGUGCGGCAAAGAAUGUUCCGUGGUGCGUCUCAGAUCAUGCUGAAUUAUCGGAAUAGUGCGCUGUCGGCGGGCUCGGCUGGUACCAUCCAAGGAGGUGACCGUAUCCCUUGGGCUCCUGUGGGCGAGCUUGAUAAUUUCCAAAGCUUGGGGGAGAUUGCAUGGCAGGUCCACGUAUAUGGCGACGCCAAAGACGAGCUGAAAGAAUGGUGUCAGUCCAAGGGAAUUCCUCUGCAUGUCUUUCCUUGGGAUGCCAAAUAUCAGUCGGUCGGCUUGGGAAGAGAUGCAGCAUAUUUGGUCCGGCCCGAUACGUAUGUUGCCGUGGCGGAGCCUCUGGCCUACCGGGACGAUAUGACCAAUAUUUGA